GUGCCACGCCACGAUACUGUUGGACCAGUACAUCCCAGCAGCGUCUCCUCUCUCUCUCUCACCUCGCUCCCAGGGUUGAGAGGUCAAGCCAAGGAGGUGGGAUAGCUAUUGCGGCACUCAGCAGUAUUGGUGGCCAAUUUAGGUACAUUUGCCGUAGUGCCAGUGUCCCCUUAGUGCCACCCUAACAACGGGGCCAGUGUGUGUGCGGGGCGACGUUAGGAUCUGACCGUUUUCUGUGACGCCAGUGCCUCGUGUCCAUUAGUCAGUGGACGGUGAGGGAGACGCGCGCUAGUUGGGUGUCACUAUUGCCCAUGCAACUUGUUGUACUCCCGAGACUUUUGGUGUUGACAAGUGACCAGUGUUAAGUUUGUGUGUUAGUCAGUGAGUGAGAUACAGUACUGCCCCCACCUGCUUCAUAGUACAUUACUCUUAAGUGUACUUUAUACUCAAACCUGUACUUGUAUUACUUAUAAAAUUAACUUUAUACAUCUGGAUCGUGACUUAUCAUAUGGGAAUCACCACACGUGUAUUUCAUCAAUAAAUUUGUACUUAAGACAAUAUAUUCCCGCAAGAAAGUGAACUAAAAAGUGUGUGUUGAGCUGACACUGCUGGCCUGGAGGAUGGAGUGAUCAGACACGACACUGACACAAGGAAGAACCUCAACACCUCGUCAUGUUUCGCUCGGACAAGACAAACAAGCUGGUGAAGGAGUUAGUGAAGGAGAGGAGGCCGAGGGAGGUGGACGGCUACGUUGGCUUCGCUAAUCUGCCCAACCAAGUGUAUCGGAAGGCUGUUAAACGAGGCUUCGAAUUCUCACUCAUGGUAGUUGGUGAGAGUGGGCUGGGCAAGAGUACACUCAUCAACUCCAUGUUCCUCUCUGACGUAUACUCCAGUGAUCACCCGGGACCAUCACACCGUGUCAAGAAAACAGUCCAGGUGGAAACGACCAAAGUGCUGCUGAAGGAGAAUGGUGUUAACCUCAUGUUGACUGUAGUGGACACUCCGGGAUUUGGUGAUGCCGUCGACAACAGUGAUUGUUGGCAGCCGGUGACAGACUAUGUGGAGACCAAGUAUGAAGAAUAUCUCAACUGUGAGUCCCGGGUUAACAGAACUCAGAUCAGUGAUAGCAGGGUAAGUGAUCACGUACACUGUUGCCUGUACUUUAUUGCUCCAUCGGGCCAUGGCUUGAAACCUCUCGAUGUAGAAUUUAUGAGGCGCCUCCACGACAAGGUGAACAUCAUCCCUGUCAUAGCCAAAGCUGAUACUCUUACCCCUGAUGAAUGCCAGCACUUGAAGAAGCAGGUACUUAACGAAAUAGCCCAGCACAAGAUAAAGAUUUAUGAGUUCCCAGAGGAUGAAGGAGACAGCGGUGUUGCUAAGAUGAAACAACGAGUGCCAUUUGCUGUGGUCGGGUCCAAUACUACUGUCGAGGUGGAGGGGAAGAAAGUGAGGGGGCGCAAGUACCCUUGGGGCAUAGUUGAAGUUGAAAAUAUUGAGCACUGUGACUUUAUUCCUCUGCGCAACAUGAUGAUUCGUACACACAUGCAAGACCUCAAGGAUGUGACCAAUAACGUUCACUAUGAGAAUUAUCGGUGUCGCAAGUUAGCUGGUGUCGGAGGUGCAGAUCCCAAGUUAAAAGUCACAAACAACUGGGUGCCUUCCAUGGUACCCAAAGUGUGUAGAAUUUAUUGUCAAGAAACUCUGUCAAGGAAGAGCUCAAGGCAUGGGAACCCUCUCGUUCAGAUGGAGGAAGAGAAGAAGGAACACACGAGCCGCAUGAGGAAAAUGGAAACGGAGAUGGAACAGGUGUUUGAGAUGAAGGUCAAGGAGAAGAUGAGCAAGCUAACAGAACUGGAGGCAGAUUUACAAAAACGCAAUGAGUCUAUGCGCAAAAAACUGGAGGCUGACUUAGCAGAAUUGGAGGAAGAACGAGAUCGGUUUGAAGGGGACAGGAAAGCUUGGGAGGCAGCCAACGGUGUGACUGUGGAGGAGCUCCGUCGCAAGUCUUUAGAGUCUAUCAGCAGAGAGACCUCCUCCCUGGCGUCUUCCAGCACCACCACUUCGGGAGGCUCUCAGAAGAGCUCUCCAAAGUUCUCGCGUACCUACUCACUCCCCAGACAUAAAUUCAAACAGAAUGAGCAGUGUAACCAGCAGUAGUAGGCCAAGACAACAAGAAAAAACAAGGGCAUUUAUUUAUGCUGUCAUUAAUUCAGUGUUAUAUGUUUAUUAUGCUAUUUCAUGAUCAAGCUACAUCAUCAAUAAACUCAUUGUUUAACAUUACCACACAGUGUGUCCGGAUGGUAAUUGUUGUACGUACUUGUGUCAUUUAGAGGUUGUUUUCAUCACUUGUAACAUGACUAAGCAAUGUAAGAAGCUCCUGCCAUUAAAGAUCAAAAUGUUAUAAUCCUCAAGUGUCUAUGACUUAUAGUUUAGUAAAUUAAAUCUUAAAGUUGUGAUGUUACUGUGCAGAUACAGCAGGAAAGAACAGUACCUUAAGGAGUUAGUUCUCUCUUGUUAAGCAUCAUUAUAUCCAUAUCUCUUCUUAAGUAUUAAUGUAUUUUUUUGUUUCUGUCUUGUAAUAUUUUUUUUUUAUUAUUUUUUAGUGAUAUUUUUGAGAAUUUAAGUUUUAUUUAGUUAUAUCCUGCAGAUUUGGUGUUUGCAUCAUGGGUAGACAUAGAAGUGCAUACAGUAGUUGGGUAGAGCCAGUUUACAUGAUAAUAAAAGUCAUAAGUACUGUAAUGGAUGUUGUUUUUGUUGACUUGUUUAAUGUUUUAAGAAAUUAAAAAAAAAAGGCCUAAAGAUUUCCAGGUGAGAUCACAUGGGAAUGACUAAGACAGAGAUAAGUUUUUUUAUCUUGGAGUAAGAAGACUUGCCCACCCCAGCAUCUAAGCAGUGGUGCUUGGCUCAUCACUUAAUGAAAUAUAAUUUACUGAAAAUUUGCUUUAAACCACAUUGUUUUACUUUUGUAGAUAAUAUGCCACCUUACACUGUAGUGGGAGGGAGAGUUUAAAAGUCAAAACAUCAAUAAGUAAAAGAUAUUAAUGUUUUAGGAAUGAUACACUGUACAGUAGUAUACUGUAUUCAUAUGUAGGUAGUGUAGCUAGUCAUUACGCAGGGGAAAACAAGCAGAAAGAGAUUUUACUUUAGGCAACAGAAAGAUAUGAGACAGCAUGGGGUGCUUAGUAAUACUGUCAUUCAUUAUUAUUGCAUCAUUGUGACUCCUACAGUGCUCACAUAUAAAUGUAAUCUGUAAAGUUUGUAGAAAACAUUUCCAGAGACUAGGUGAGAGAGAGAGAGAGAGAGAGAGAGAGAGAGAGAGAGAGAGAGAGAGAGAGAGAACAUUGUAUCUGCAUAGUACUAUAAGUUGUACUAUAUACUCCUAGUUUACUUAAGUUACUUCCUUCCUUAUGUAGGUGCCAAGUGUUUCAAGUGCAACUUAAUGGAGUUUCUUAAUCAUUGUUUGAUUUAAUAUUUUUUUUUUUUUUUGUGCUUUGUCUUUUAUUGGUGUUGAAUGUUUUAUCUUCCUGUUUACAAACCAAAACUGUGCUCACCUGCACAUGUGUUAAUACUACAGUGUUGGUUUGUGGUUAAGCGGAGGUUAUUCAGAAGAGCUAAACCAUGCUUCCCUUAUGUGAUAUUAUUUGUUUAUUUAAUGCAGCUACAUUCUGUCUUUGACCAUAAUGGCAUUACAUUGGCAUUAUUCUCAAGAAAUAAAGAUUUUGUUGAAA